AUCAGUGAGUCGGUCCCCAUAAAGCUUUCAAUGUGUGUUUAAAUGAACACCAUGGAAUUUGUGUGCGCGCGAUCCCUUUGUUAUUUUGCAGAGGCACUAAAAAAAGUGCGUUUGAAGGGUGGAGAUGGAUACGGGACCCCUUGACAAUGAAAUUUUCCGUUGAGACAGAGGAUGCUUAAAGCAAGACAUACGGCCAGAGCAUGCCAAAUAGAGAUUUGAACACUAUGCGGAUAGGACUUUCCUAGAAGGUCGGCGUCGAAGACAACGGCCCUCAGGAGUUUAAAUUCUGGAAGAUUAGAAUGGAGAGAUUACUUCAUUGAUCGCUUCACUCAUUGCUGGAAAAAAAACAACUAAAUGCCAAGGCUCAUUAUUUUUUUUGAGUAUCCUAUCCCUCUUGACAGAUCACUUUAGAGAAGGAAAAAUCUUCAGCAGGAAAACAUACUGGAAGUGAUCUCUUUAAGCUGAAAUAAUCCGACAAGAUUUGAUUGUGUUGCUGCUGUCAGUUUUGUAUGGCAGCCUUGCUUCAUGUCAUCUUGUCUUCUGUUCUGCGCUUGGAGCCAGAAAGACCACAAAGCAAAUAUGACAUUCCUGUGCCGGAGUUUUGUCAUGCGACACUGAAUGCAGAGCACCUGGAUGAUCGGGAGGUGUUUGUCAUCGGAGAUGUUCAUGGAUGUUUUGAUGAGCUGUGUCAGUUGUUGGAAGCUGCAAGGCAGAAAUGCCAAGAUCCUUUUGUUGUUUUUGUUGGUGACAUGAUCAACAAAGGGCCAAAAAGUGUGGAUGUUCUAAGAUUGGUACAAGAGAUGACUCGAAGAAAUGAAGCAUCAGCUGUCCGCGGAAAUCAUGAGGAGUGCGUUUUACGAGAGCUUUGGGCUGUACGUCGGAAGCAAGGGUACAUUUUACCAGAAAGAUAUCAGUGGGUCUUGGAGUUAACAGAAGAAGACUUCCAGUACCUUCAAGGACUUCCAUACACAUUAAGUAUUCCCUCCAAGUCAGCACUGGUUGUUCAUGCGGGACUUAUACCAGGGCUUCCUUUAGAAAGACAGUCCCUUGUCAACCUCACUCACAUGAGAAACAUCAUCGAGGAGGACUUUUUUCAUGGUGAUGGGUUUGUGGGCAGCAGCAAGCUGGACCAAGGAGAAGCUUGGGCUUCACUUUGGCCUGGUCCUGAACAUGUCUAUUUUGGACACGAUGCAGUUCGAGGCCUGCAGAAUUGGCCACAUGCUACUGGACUUGACACAGGCUGCUUGUAUGGAAAUAGUCUUAGUGGAGUAUUUAUAGGACAUGAACAAAAUCCUUUGUCUGUUAAAGCAUUAAAGAUGUAUAGAAAACCAUGAGUGAUCAACAAAUAUUUAUCAUCUGUCUUUUAUAUCAUUUUGGCUUUGGGCUUGUAAUGUUUAAACAAAGUGAGUCUAUGCAACAGCCCUCUGCUGUUUGUCUAUUUAUGGUAAAUGUUAGUGUUAGUUUCCAAAAAACUGAGGAGAAUCUCUGAGAAGUGAGAUACAGAUGAUUAAUGUCAGCUUACAAAGGUCAUUGACAUACUUUUUCUGGCAUAUUAAAUGUGCCAUUGAUGACAUGGCUUUUAGAAUAUUGAAAGGAAAUCUAUUUUUGAAGAAGAAUGCAAACCUGUAGAUAUUUAUAGUUUGAAAAGUUAUUUUAGCUUAACGAAAACUAAUGCAGUUCAUGCUUAUAUAAUACCAUCUAGACUAAAAUUUAGCAUGCAGGUACCCAAGGUCUACUUGUAACUGAAGAUUUUUAUAUCAAAAUGAUUUCAAACUGAAGUUUUCUUGUAGUUUUUUUUAAAAACAUUUUCUCUUUCUUUUCAAGAUUUAGGCUCUUGUUUUACCCUUUUCACAUGAGCAGGUGACAUCAGGGGAUUUAAAAUAAAAUUUUCUGAGUGAUGUCAUUCUAUAAGGGUACUUCACAUUAAUCUUGUAGCAUUAUCUCUUUUCUUUCUUUUUUUUAAAUGGAUUCCAGGGAGGCAUCACUUUGUAUUACCAAGACAUUUUAGAGCAUUCCUUAUAUUAUAGUUUGCAAAAAUAUGAUGCAUCCAUUGCUUCUUGUACUAAACUACUAUUUUCAUAGUAUAAAAGGCAAUCCAGAGCACAGGCUUAUUAGUCAUUUUAUUUACUUUUAAUGACUUGGUUAUCUAACUUACAAGGUACAAAUUCUCAAAAUGUGGAUAAAUAAUUUGCAUGGUAUGAGCCUUGAAACAUUAACUUGCAUGCAAUGAGAUCAUUAAGUACAUGGACAUAUAUAUAUCAACAAGCUGUGAGAAAAGAAGAAAAGCUAGGAACAUUGUUUUCAUAAGGUAUAUUAAUCUGUUUGAAUGGUGUUAAGAUUCUGAGCUAUUUCUGUACAUAUUGCUGUUUAAAUUCUUGUUUCUUAUAAAUCAAAGAGAUUUGAAAUGUUAACUUACAAUUUGAAAAAUAGUUUUAAAAAUGCAGAUGUAGAGAUUGUUGUCUUUGGAUAUGCUGAGAGAUGAAAGGGUUAAAAGCCAUAAGGCACAGUUUAAGUUAAAAGGUGCAAGUGAUCUUUUGUUCACAUCAGGUUCCUUUAUUGGCUCAUCUUUGUUAAAGUCCAUUUCUCUCUGUUAUGUGUACUAAGUAAGAUUGAUAUAUUGUGCAUUAACAACACCAGCUGGAAGGUUUACAAGAGCAUAAAUGUUUUGUGUAAAAGAUGAAGUUCUGUACAGUGCUUGUUGAUAAUAAUGAAUGUAAAAUGUGUAAAGAGCAUACUCACACUCCUAAGGAGCAUGCUCUUAGCGCUUAAGAACAAGAACGAAACAUGGACAGCAUAUGAAUGACAGAAAAAUUAACAAAUAACAUAUAAACUGUAGAAGAAUACACAACCGUACUAAAGGAAGAAUAAAUUCAAAUACAGAAAACACAAAGAGGAACCAAAUAACAAAAACAAGAGCUGAGAGUAACAUGAUAUUCCAAAAGGAAGGGUGCGAGAAAGGACUUACAUUAUGGGAAAGGGUGUUAGGAGUAAUGUUUAGAGGUGCAUUUUCAGUGCACAUUUAAAGGAUUCAAUAGUGGGUUAGUGUUGUUACAAGUAGAAACUGCUGACUCAGACUAUGAUUGAUGAAGAUAUUGAAGAAGACUUGAAAGGGCCUUACUUUGACAUCAACAGGCUUCAUGACAGUUUCUUGUCCGAUAGAAGUUCUCAAAUAAUUCUCUUUUGACUUCUACAGUAUUGCUGAAGGAACCAACUUUAUUUACAUCGGGGGUAUCAGUGCACAUGUUUAUCAGUAUUCAUUUUCAUUGAUGAAGUGUUUUAUUUUCCUUUGUUUCCUUUUAAACCCUUGGUUGUAAUCAAAUAAUCUUGUAAGAUGAUUGCUUCAAAUAAUUCUGUCAUCUUGUAAUUGUGUUUGCCCAUGAGAGCAUUGCUUAUUUCAGUAUAGAAUGCUUCAUUGUUUUGGCAGCACAUAUAGUAUUGUCAGGACUGUCUGCAAAGGGAAAGGAAGCCGGUUUUUUUGCCUAAUACAAGUCUAACUGAGCAGAAAAGCACUAAAAAGAAUGGAGCCAACAUUGAUUUUUUUUUUUUUUUUAAAAAGGCAUACCUGGAUCGCCUUUCUGACAUCAUGAAAAGCCCCAGUCAUUCUAAAAGAUUCAAGCAUCUGCUAAUGAGUGAACCCAGUCAGUGAACCUACUUUGUGACAUGGGACUUAGGUCUUAACCUCUUAACCCAGGUGAGAACUGUGAUUUUCAAAGGCUUGUAUCUUAUGAAUGGAACUGACUUGCUCACUUAGGUUCGGAUAAUUAAUAUCAGUAAAAUUGAAAGAUAUUGAUUGUGAAAUGACUGCACUCAGGUUUACCUUUGGAAACAUGCAAGCAAAACUGCAGUUUGAUCAUCAUCAACGAAAGACAGCACUUAAGCAUCAAGUGUGAAGCAAUGAAUCUCAGUGACAUAAUCAGUUGGUUUAUUGAAAUAAACAUUCCACAUUGAAAGGUAUAAAUAUUUUGCAAUUAAUGGAGACUGGGUUUAUUCCUUUUUGCUCCCUUGAGGAGCAUAGGGCCGCAACAACACCUCACCAGUGGACCUUGUUUUUGGCAGCCCCCUUCAGUUGGGCCCAUGUAGUUCAGAUUCCAAGUCUGCUUCGGUCUCCCAACUCUCCUCUUCCCUUGAGGGUUCCAGUCACGUGCCUGCCUGGCAAUGGUGUCAGCUGGUUUGUGCAGGGUUUGUCCUGUCCAGCCACAUUUGCACUUUGUGAUGUCUUGACUAGUGGCAUUCUGGUUGGUUCUCUUCCACAGGCUGCUGUUGGAGAUCUUUUCAUGCCAUCUUAUUCCCAGAAUAUGGCGUAGGCAUCAGUUGGUAAAGGUCUGGAGCUUGUUGUUGAUGGUGUUUGUCACUCUCCAGGUUUCAGAACCAUACAGUAGGACCGCAUUUUUGCAAUUUAGGACUGUUAACAGCAUGAGUAUGUGCAAUCUUUAAAUUAUUUAAUGGGGUUUAGGUACACUAAAUUCUGAAUUACAUGACAGAAAAUGUUACAUUGUGUGUCAUGCUUUGGUUUAUUUGUAAUCUGGGCAAAUUUAUAGCUGCAUUCUAUGUUUCAGAACCAUUGAAUAAGUAAAUUUAUUUUGCAUCCUGAUUUUUUUCACAUUGUAUCAGUUAAAAGUCUACAUUUUGUUAUUGUUAUAAGAAAAUAGUUUCUUGACAGUAUGUACUGUAUUAUUAUUAUUAUUUAUAUACCGUUUUUAUAAAGUGGUGCUUGUAUAUAUUUGACAAAUUGAUAUGGUUUAUUUAAUGUCAUCAAAAUUCAUGUAGUACAGAACUUGUUUCCUCCAUUUGUUGUUGUGAUUGCUUGAAUUUUUGACAAGCAUUUAAUUUUGCUUUCAAUGUUGAUGUGAUCUCACAUAUCUUUUUUAAUUGUUUUUCACUUAUUUAUUAUUUUGUGCUAACAUGCACAUUAAACGAUAAAACAUGUAAUUCUUUUAUCUGAGUAAUUAAAUGCUUGUAGAAGUUUAAUUUUUACUACAUUUUUUAUUGAUGUUUAUACACACAGACCUUUCCUUUUUCAACAUCUUUUUUCAAAUGUGGCUACAGGUUUUCUUUAAUGCUGUGAACAGUGUGUUUGACCAGUCUCUGGGGAACCUUGGAACGUUUUUGUAAGGAUAAGUACGAGAGUUCCCCUUUCCAAAUACUCAUUUUUUUCUUUUACAAGAUUUUUGUAUUGCACUAUUUUCGGUGGUAAAAUUAAGGAACAAUCCCUUAGUUUUCUUGAUGUUGUUUUGUUGACUUUUUUUAUUUUUUACUUUUUUACAGUUCAGUUGAACAUGGAUAGUCAAAAAAUAAACCCACACUUUCUUGGUCUUUGAGCAAGAAUAUCUAAACUGUAAAGUGUGAAGAUUUACUUGUAUUUAAAUAUUUACUUAUAGACAUUAUCAUUUGGUUUGCACACCCUUGAGUAUUUUGUUAUUUACACUUAAGUGGUAUCUUGGAUUUUUUUUUUCAUUUUGCUAUACUAAGUUUUUGAUAUACCAACUGAGCCUAUUUCAAUAAAAAGAAGUUAACA